AUGUCCGUUCGCUGCCGCCACCUGCUGGUGAAGCACAGCGGCUCGCGGAACCCUGUGAGCCGGCGCACGCAGCAGGCGGUGACGCGCAGCAAGUCGGAGGCUUUGCUGCUGCUGCAGGAGCUGCAGCAGCAGCUGCAGCAGCAGCAGCAGGAGCUGGAGCAGCAGCAGCUGCCGCUGGAGCAGCGGCAGCAGCAGCAGCAGCAGCUCUUCGCGGCCCUUGCGCAGCAGCACAGCGACUGCAGCUCCUUCCGCCAAGGAGGAGAUCUUGGCUUCUUUUCCAAAGGACAGAUGCAGCAGCAGUUCGAAUUUGCUGCUUUCAAUUUGCUGCCGCAGCAACUCAGCGACGUCGUCGAGUCGGACAGCGGACUCCACCUCAUCCUCAGGAUCGCCUAG